AUGUCCCUCGACCACGACGAUGAUCUCCUCAACACGCUCAGCUCGUCGAGCCGGUACGCGAACCAGCUGAAGCUCGAGCUGAAGCUUGAGGCCGAGCUUGCCCAGCUCGAACAGCAGCGGGCCGAGAUCGCCCGGCGCCAGCAGAUGGAGUACCUUGGCGGCGUCAUCUCCGACAACGCCACCACCCCGGUGUUUGUCCGCAACGUCCAGAUCACCAACGGCCAGGCGUACCGUCUGCUGUUCCUCCAGUCACAAUUCAACCAGUUUACCAACAAACAGCCAUUGACGUUGGCCGAAUUAAUGAGGGGACUCGAUCGCACCUGUCGCCAGUUCCAGAAGUUGGGGAUGGUCGACCAGUGCGUGGUGCAGUUGCAUCAGGUGAACGGCCGUCAGCUUAGCGUGGUCCCCGUGUUCAAUACUGUACCUAUCAAGCGGUUUUUCGCCAAGACAGGGACCAAUAUCGGUAAUGGUGAGGGUGAUGGCUACAUCCAGUUCCAGCUCCGAAACUUGUUUGGUGGCGGCGAACACUUAGCCUUUGACGCCGUCACUGGCACCAAGACCAACUCGCUGUACUUGCUCAACUACCGCAUGCCCAUUGCCAACAAUGGCGACCACAUGUUCGACAUCCUGGCCUACUCCAACUCGCGCCAGCACGAUUGGUUUGGCUCCAACGUCUACAACCGGGGUAUAACCACCAAGAUCUACUCACAGUACGACAAAGAGGUGUCUCCGAUCAACCACGACCUCUCGCUCGAGACGUGUUUCCGCACCCUCGACAAUCUCAGUCUGAAGUCGCUGGACGUGAUUUUGCAACUGGGGGUCCACUUGAAGACACUGUUGCUCUAUAACGCCGUCUACGAUACCCGCGACAACGCCCACCUCCCCUUCCGCGGUCAGUACGCCCGGUUAGGGCUUGAACAUAACGGGUUCACCUCGCUUGUCAAGUUCCCAUACUCGAAGCUCGUGGCGGAAACGCAGCUGGCCCACUCCUUGGGUCACCACCAGCUUAUAUUCACCAAUAAGGCUGGGGUCAUUGUGCCUCACUCCAAGUAUGGUACCCUGAUCAUGGACCGGUUUUUCAUCGGUGGUCCCAACGACGUGCGGGCGUUUUUACUUAAUGGGCUUGGACCUAAACAGUUUACCAGUGCUGUAGGCGGUAACACCUUUUUCAAUGGUGGGGUGCUGCUUGUCUCACCGAUCCCUUGGCUCAAAGACGCUGAGCAAAGUGGAUUCCGUCUUCACUCAUUUAUCAACUACGGCAAGCUUGUGGCCACUACUGACGUCCACCAGCUAUUGACUAAAGGGUACCUGUCCAGUAUAGGGGUCGGGAUCCUUUUCAACCACCCGAUGGCGCGGUUUGAGCUCAACUUCGUGCUCCCAGUGACGGCGCACCAGCGUGAUCUUGAGCGGAAGGGGUUACAGUGGGGGAUUGGCGUGAGUUUCUUGUAA